AAAAGGGCGAUGCCUAACAAAGAAAACCCCUUCCAAUUUCAUUGAACAGAAAUGUCUCAAGGCCUGAGAUAGAAAAUAAUUUCUUUACACGAGAAAAGUGAAGGCUACAAGAAUAUCAGCACAUACUGUAGCAAAAGUGAUACAAAAAUUUAACAAAGAUGGAACUGCAACCAUCUCACAGGGAAGUCCAGGCUGUCCAGGGAAGUCCACGACAGGAGCGUCUUCUGAUGAGAAGGGUUGAAGAAAAAUCACCAUGCAAGAUCACUGCAGUUAGC